UGUGGCUCCGCGAGUCUUGUCGUGUAAGCAAAGCCCCCUGCGUCUGCACGGUCUGCACUUCUCCCCUAACCUCGUCUAACCCUAACCUCCAAUCGCGGGCGAUCGCGCUUAAACGUGCUCUGGUGCUCGACAUAUGCUACCGUCGUCAGAAUGGUCCUGUUGGAGAACGACGCGUUCUUAACGGAGUUAACCAAACUCUUUGACAAGUCGCGUUUCUCGGGCUCGGUGUCGCUCACCAUCAAAAGAUUUAAUGGACACAACAAGCCGGUGCCCAGGAAAGGCAAACCUCCUCUACCGAAUCCUACAGAGUACCAUUGCCUGGUCCGAGCGUCGCUUCGCAGUAGGAAGAUCUCUACCGUAAUCCAUUCCAAGGAUGUAAACAAAUUCCAGCAGGCAUAUUGGAAUCUGUUGAAGACGAAUAUAAGCGGGCUGAAGAAGCUGAAGAAGACGAAGUCGGCGAAGCCGAAGGUUCACUGACCCAGCGAGGGCUAGCUGCGCGGCAGCUGUUCAUUUCUUUGUUAUUAAAAACUUUCGUACUGUGUCUCUCUCUCUCUCGCAUACUUGUCGACACCUGUCUACUGCGUAAGUCCGGCGACGGAAGGCGCGUUUUACGCAGCACUUUGUAUAGACUGAUGUAUAAAAGAUUAAUAAUACUGUUAUGAAAGUAUAUACGCAAGUAUAUGCGAUCGCUAAUAUAUAAUCGUGCACACUUUCGUGAACGUGACGCAAUCGCGAUGGAAACAACAAGGGAUAGUUCUUAAGAGUCCAAGACAGAUAAUUGUUUAACGAUCGGUAGGGCAGAAUUUGUUUAAGUGGAGCUUAUAUCUAUGUGUAUCUAAUAUAACACUUUUCAUAAUUCA